GUUUGGCGGGAGUCAGGAUUUGGGGGAGGAGUGUCUGACCCAACGUGGACUUCCCUUCUCACUCCUGCGGUGCUCGGGGUCAUUUGCCGCCUGCCGUUAAGAGUCCCUAGUGGCUCUGUCACAGCCUCUGUCACGCUGUGAUCUGCACUGGCCGUGGGAGUCAUAGGAAGGACUCAGGGGGACCCGGGAGACUAGAAAUGGACUCAGUGGCCAUUGAGGAUGUGGCUGUGAACUUCACCCUGGAGGAGUGGGCUUUACUGAAUCCUUCACAGAAGAAACUCUACAGAGAUGUGAUGUGGGAAACCUUCAGGAACCUGGCCUCUAUAGGAAAAACAUGGGAACAUCAUGACACUGAAGAUCAGUACAAAAACCAGGAGAGAAAAUUAAGAAGUCAUAUGGUAGAGGGACUCUGUGAAGAAGAGUAUAGUCAAUGUGGAGAAAAUAUCAUCCACAUUCCAAAUCUCAAUCUGAACAAGAAAACUACUGCGGCAAACCCAUGUAAGUGCAGUUUAUGUGGAAAAGUCUUCAAGCAUCAUUCAUCGCUUAAUAGGCACGUUAGAUGUCACACUGAACACAAACCAUAUGACUAUCAAAAAUAUGGAGAGAAGCCAUAUAAAUGUAAGGAAUGUGGAAAAGCCUUCCCUUUUCCUAGUUUUCUUCAAAUACAUGAAAGAACUCAUACUGGGGAGAAACCCUAUGAAUGUAAAAAAUGUGGUAAAGCACUCAGUUCUUCCAGGUCUCUUCGAAUACAUGAAAGAACUCAUACUGGGGAGAAACCCUAUGAAUGUAAAAAAUGCCAUAAAGCAUUCACUACUUCCAGUUCUCUUCGAACACAUGAAAGAAUUCAUACAGGAGAGAAACCCUAUGAAUGUAAGGAAUGUGGGAAAGCCUUUAUAGAUCCCUCAAGUCUUCGAUCACACAUGAUCUUUCACACUGGAGAUGGACCUUAUAAAUGUAAAGAAUGUAAUAAAGUAUUCAUUUCUCCCAGUGCUUUUCGAAUACAUGAAAGGAGUCACACUGGAGAGAAACCCUAUGAAUGUAAAAAUUGUGGUAAAGCAUUCAGUGAUCCCAGUACUUUUCGAAUACAUGAAAGACGUCACACUGGAAAGAGACCCUAUAAAUGUAAGGACUGUGGGAAAGCCUUUAUUGCUCUCACAAACCUUCGAGUACACAUGAUCACUCACACUGGAGAUGGACCUUAUAAAUGUAAGGAAUGUGAGAAAGCAUUCAUUUAUCCCAGCUCAUUUCGAAUACAUGAAAGGAGUCACACUGGAGAGAAACCAUAUGAAUGUAUAGAAUGUGGGAAAGCCUUCAGUUUGUACACUAACUUAAAAAAACACAAAAGAACUCACACGGGACGGACACCUUUUGUAUGUAAGGAAUGUGGUAAGGUUUUUAUUUCUCUUCAAGUUUUCCAAAUACAUGAAAGAAAUCACAGUAGAGAGAAAUUCUAUGAAUGUAAAAAAUGCAAUAAAGCACUCACUUCUUCUAGUUCUCUUCAAAGACAUGAAAGAAAUCAUGCUAGAGAGAAACCCUAUGAAUGUAAAAAAUGCAGUAAAGCAUUCUGUUAUCCCAGUUCUCUGCGAGUACACGAAAGAACUCACACUGGAGAGAAACCCUAUGAAUGCAAGGAAUGUGGGAAAGCCUUUAUAACUCCUUCAAGCCUUCGAUCACACAUGAUCUUUCAUACUGGAGAUGGACCUUAUAAAUGUAAGGAAUGUGAGAAAGCAUUUAUUUCUCCCAGUGCCUUUCGAGUACAUGAAAGGAGUCACACUGGAGAGAAACCCUAUGGAUGUAAAAAAUGCAGUAAAGCAUUCAGUUGUACCAGUUCUCUUCGAGUACAUGAAAGAAUUCAUACAGGAGAGAAACCCUAUGAAUGUAAAAAAUGCAGUAAAGCAUUCACUUCUUCCAGUUCUCUUCGAGUACAUGAAAGAAUUCAUACAGGAGAGAAACCCUAUGAAUGUAAGGAAUGUGGGAAAGCCUUUAUGGAUCCCUCAAGCCUUCGAUCACACAUAAUGAUUCACAUGGAAGAUAGACCUUAUAAAUGUAAAGAAUGUGAGAAAGCAUUCAUUUAUCUCAGAUUGCUUCGAAGACAUGAAAGAAGUCACACUGGGGAGAAACCCUAUGAAUGUAAAGAAUGUGGAAAAGCCUUCAGUUCUUAUCAAAGUUUCCAAAUACAUAAAAGAAAUCACACUGGAGAAAAACUGUAUGAAUGUGAAAAAUGUAGUAAAGCAUUUAGUUUUCCCAGUUCUCUUCGAAGACAUAAAAGAACUCAUCCUGGAGAGAAAUCCUAUGAAUGACAGGAAAGUGGGAAAGCCUUUAUUUCUCAUGCAAACUUUUGAGGAUAUGCGAGAAUGCAUAUUAGAGGGAAAACCAUAUAAAUAUAAUGAAUGUGGGGAAGUCUUUUGUCAUCUGAGUUCUCUCUGAAGGCAUGAAAGGACACACUUGAUAAAAACCUCUUGACUGUAAACAAUGUGGGAAAGCCUUCAAAGGGCCCACAUCCUUCUAUGUGAAACUCCCACCAAAAAGAAAUGUAAAUGUAAGUCAUAUGAGAAAGCUUGAUGGAAAUAAAGCUGUGUAUGAUGUUCUAGAAAACUUUCAACAUGAAAUAGUUGUUAAAGUUGUAAAUAUAUUGUUUUAAUCAAGCCUCUUUCUUAAAGUGCAACAUUGGCUUGUGGAUUUCUAUUAAUUACUUUCAUAAAUAAAUAUUGAGGUGAGAUAAUUCUGGACAUCAUCCUUCCUCAAUAGUACAUAAGAUUACGAGGUAGUGCUUUUUCCUUAAAUCAGCUAAUAAUAUUUUCUCUUUAAUUCUUUUUUGUAAUGUUUUAAUUGUUCUAUGUUAAGGGGCCAUUGAAAAUGACAGUUUGUAUUUGUUGGGAUUUCCUUACUGGUCUUGUAUUGCAGAUCCUGGAUAUGCCUAAUUCACUGUGUAUACUGUACCUCUCUUAGAGAAAGCUCCUUUUUUCGAGUGGUGGGUACAGGAGCCUCUUUUUAUUUUCCAUACUAUUAAACAGUUGGAAUACAUUUUUAUGUAUGGCAAGUUUAUCAAAGAGUAUACUUCCUGUGAAUUAUUAUUUUCAUAUUUGGGCCUUUGCUCUUUGUCCUUCCUUCUGACUGGUAUUUGGUGAAGAGACUUUGUAUUAAGUAGAGGCCUGUGAUACGACAACAAAAUCUAGAGCUGGACACAUCACCCCUGUAUUGCAUUAAGUCAAUGGGGGUAAUAUAAGAAGUAGAUCUUUGGGCCGGCCCUAUGGCUUAGUGGUUAAGUGCGCGUGCUCCGCUACUGGCAGCCCGGAUUUGGAUCCUGGGUGCGCACCGACGCACUGCUUCUCCAGCCAUGCUGAGGCCACAUCCCUCAUACAGCAACUAGAGGGAUGUGCAACUGUGACAUACAACUAUCUACUGGGGCUUUGGGGGAAAAAAAGGAGGAGGAUUGGCAAUAGAUGUUAGCUCAGAGCCAGUCUUCCUCAGCAAAAAGAGGGGGAUUAGCAUGGAGGUUAGCUCCGGGCUGAUCUUCCUCACAAAAAAAAAAAAAAAGAAGAAGAAGUAGAUCUUUAAGAAUCCACCCCCUUUUGGUUCCAAGUUGGAAUUCACCAGUAGCCUCUCUUGCAUGAGAUUUGGAAGACAGAAGCAAACAAGACAUUAGGCAGAUGUUGGAGCCACUGUGGGAGGAGACAGACAGUUACGUAGGAGCUUUGAGGACACCAUCUUCCAUCCCAUUUUCUGGAUUCUUUGCCCUUCCAGUCAAGAGUAUCUUGAAUACCACCACAAACUGUUUGAUUUCGUUUUUCAUAGAGGUGUAUUUUCCACUGAUGUUUUCACGAGUUUCAUGUCAAAGAUCCAUUAGAGUUAGGAUUUUUCUGUAUGCUCUCUUGGAAACUAAUUCAGACUUUUGUCGUUGAGAGUAUUCUCUUAUUUCCCUCUUCUCUAGAUGAUAUCUGUAGAAGGUCUAGUUUGUUUAGGAAACACCUUAUGCUCUUAAUAGUGCUAGUGAGUAUGUUUUCCUCAUUCACCAUGACAUCUACAUGGGGCAUAAAAAGAAGGACGUGGAAGUCUGUUUCUGUGCUGCAUUGUGCAGUGGCUGCCUUGACCCAGGUCUUCCACGUGAGAACAAUCACCUUUCUCAUGUCAGGAAGACAGUGUGUGUUUCCUGUUACUUGUAGCUGAACAUAUUCCCUGAAUGUGUUUGUAAUAAUGUUUGAUGGUAUGUCAUUAAAAGUAUGUCCAUUUCUUGGUGAAAUGAACAAUUCUGUAGUUGUUUCAUUGAUAUAUUUUACUAACUGUUUUCUAAGUCAUGGCAUGUUAAUAACUAUUAUUGUGGUUUUCAUUCCCUCAGAGAAUAUAUUAAAAUCCAUAUUUAUUAUUGA